GUGUUGGUCCCGAAGCAAGAAAAAAAAAGAUUGUAAUUCCGAUUUUAUCCUUUUAGAGAGAGACAAAAAGGUGAAGGCGUUUUUCCUUCUUCUCUCGUUCCUUCCUCCAUUUUCUACGAAAUCAAUCAUCGAUCAAAGUGAUUCAAUCGAGGAACAGAAACUAUGGAAUGGAAUGUGAAUCGAUGGAUUUGGUGAUGGUGAUGACGCGAUCUUCGUCUCGGUGAUCGAGAUUUGGAAGCUCAGAUUUGGUUUGGAUAUUUUUAUUUUAUUUUUUUCAAUCAACGCAAAAGAAAGAAACAUGAACGGUGGUGGUGGUGGUGGUGACGGUGCUGCUUCUAGUGGUGGUGGUCCUCCUCCGCCUUUAGAGUGGAGAUUCUCUCAGGUCUUCGGCGAGCGAACCGCUGGAGAAGAAGUCCAGGAAGUUGACAUCAUUUCAGCCAUUGAAUUUGAUAAGAGUGGAGACCAUCUUGCAACUGGUGACCGUGGGGGUCGAGUAGUUCUUUUUGAGAGGACUGAUAACAAAGAUAAUGGUGGGUCCAGGAGAGAUGCUGAGCAGAUGGACUACACAGUUAGGCACCCUGAGUUUCGAUAUAAAACAGAGUUUCAGAGUCAUGAACCAGAGUUUGACUAUCUCAAGAGUUUGGAAAUAGAGGAGAAAAUCAACAAAAUCAGGUGGUGUCAGCCAGCUAACGGUGCAUUGUUUCUGCUUUCCACAAAUGAUAAAACCAUCAAAUAUUGGAAGGUACAAGAGAAGAAGAUCAAGAAAAUUAGUGAAAUGAAUAUUGAUCCGUCGAAAACUCCAGGUCAACCGAGUUCAAGUAGCCCUCCUCCAGUAGUUGCUAAUGGAGUACAUGCUGAUCCAGCGCAUGACUACCUGAGCAAAUUUUCCUUCCCUCCAGGAGGCCUCCCAUCUCUGCGUUUGCCUGUGGUAGUGACUAGCCUGGAGACAAGCCUUGUGGCAAGAUGCCGAAGAGUGUAUGCUCAUGCACAUGAUUACCAUAUUAAUUCAAUCUCAAACAGCAGCGAUGGAGAAACCUUCAUUUCUGCCGAUGAUCUGCGCGUAAAUCUCUGGAAUUUGGAAAUCAGCAACCAGAGCUUCAACAUUGUUGAUGUUAAGCCUACAAACAUGGAGGACUUAACUGAGGUUAUUACAUCUGCUGAGUUUCAUCCAAUCCAUUGUAAUAUGCUCGCAUAUAGCAGCUCAAAAGGCUCCAUCCGUUUGAUUGAUAUGAGGCAAUCAGCUCUGUGUGAUUCUCAUACUAAAUUGUUUGAAGAACCGGAAGCGCCUGGUUCCAGAUCAUUUUUCACAGAGAUAAUUGCCUCCAUUUCAGAUAUUAAAUUUUCAAAAGAUGGGAGAUACAUACUUAGCCGCGAUUACAUGACCCUCAAGCUGUGGGACAUAAACAUGGAUUCUGGUCCGGUUGCAUCUUAUCAGGUUCAUGAACAUCUGAGACCCAAGCUAUGCGAUCUAUAUGAAAAUGACUCCAUCUUUGAUAAAUUCGAGUGUUGCCUAAGUGGUGAUGGAUUGAGGGUAGCAACAGGCUCUUACAGCAAUCUAUUCCGUGUAUUUGGAGCGUCUCAAGGAAGUACUGAAGCUGCAACUUUGGAAGCUAGCAAAAACCCUAUGAGGAGGCAAAUCCAGACACCUGCAAGACCUUCCAGAACUAUUAGCAGCAUGACACGUAUGGUUAGACGAGGAUCAGAGAGUCCAGGAGCAGAGGCGAAUGGGAACGGAUAUGACUUCACAAAUAAGUUGCUGCACAUGGCUUGGCACCCAACAGAGAACUCAAUUGCUUGUGCAGCAGCGAACAGCUUGUACAUGUACUAUGCAUGAACUGGUGAGAGAGAUGGAAGAAAAAAACAUGGAACCAGCUUGCUCCAAUUUAACUUUCCUUUCAUUUUUCCAGACUCUCUCUCGCUCUUUUUUAGCUCUACCAAAGUGAUUAUGUAACCAGAAAAAAGGUGUAGUAGUAACAGAGUUAUGCUGUGACCAAGACCAAAGCCUGACCAGUCACUGCAACGCUGUCCAUGGAAGAAGAAACAGUAUAAUCUUUCAGGAGUUAGACGGUAAAAAUUGUUGGGUUGGGGAAGUAAAGGAGAAAUCUUUUUUACCAUAAGGGUAAUUUUCUGAAAUAUCUGAACCACCCUUCCUACUUAGGUUGUCCUCUUUCUUUUAGCUUCGAUUCUAUUACUCUUUUAAGAAGAAACAGCUUAUGUUGUGUGGGAUUUUUUUUUUCAAGUAUGAGACGUUGGGAAGGGUCUGUGUUGCAAUUUGUUAAUUGAUUCUUUUGUCAUAUCUUUUUCUUCUUGAACACUCCGUAUGCUCUCUAUAUGUCUCUCUUUUCAAUUGUAUUUCCAGACACCCUUUUGUAAUU